UCCUCAAAUCCUUGAGGUCGGGUGCUACCGUGACGCCCAAAAAGACAGGGCCUUUCAUGACAUGUAUGCUUACCUCCGAGGAAAUAUCGAUUGGCACAACUUACGAUCGAUGGUGACGAGGUGUGCAGAGCGUGCGUUCGAGCUCGGUUACCGGUAUUUCGGGGUGCAGUAUUAUGGAGAGUGCUGGGGGGACGACCGUGUUCGGCCAACGUAUGAUAAGCACGAUGCCGGUAAAGGUUGUACCGACGGUGUUGGCGAUAAAAUUCACAACUUUGUUUAUCGUUUCGCACCGUGGCGCGACCUUGGCUGUUGGAGAGACACAGGUGAUGGUCGCACCAUGACAAUGCUGGAGAAUUUCCGGGGAGAAAUCGAUUGGUUCCACUUGGAGAAAACAGUCGAGAAGUGUUAUGAAGCUGCCAAAAAGAAAAACAAGAAAUACUUCGCCAUCCAGUUUUACGGCGAGUGCUGGGUGUCUGACACAAAAUCUUACGAGGUACACGGUCAGUCCACUAAUUGCUGGAACGGAGUUGGCAGAGACUACGAUAACUACGUGUACGAGGCGCUUUACUAAUAACAGUAUUAGUCGCACUUUGGAAAGAUGAGAAAGAAGACGAGGAAAUCUACUUUCACAAGGCGAUCGUGCUGUGUGUGUUAGUACUCAUAUCAAGACAAAGAAAUGUUACUCGAGAUAAUUUGCCUUAAAUAAACAGUAGUACCGUUAAAUCGC